AGUCAUGAACGACUUAGUCUUCGAUGUGACUUUCACGGCCUUAAAGCAACGCUAGGGGCAGAUCUGGGUCACCCUGUUUUCGCUGUGAUCGGGUGUGAUUUGUUUCUGGAGGAUGGCUCCACCAAGCAAGCAAGACAUGCUCCAGACUUUGGACCGGGCGGCAUUUGCUGGUAAUGUAUAUGUUAUGAUGCCUCAGGACAGGAAUGAUCUAAGGGACAACUUGAGCAAGUACUGGGACCAUGUCGCUCAACACGACGGCUUGGUUUCCACCAAGAGCCGCUUAGAGGCCGAGAACGCCAAGCUGAACGCGCGCCUUAUCGACUGCAUCGAGGGCGGGAAGAAGAAGUGCGAUUGCGAGAAGCUCACUGUCGACCUCAACAAGUGCAGGGAGGAGAAGAAUCACGCCAAGGAGGAUAAGAAGAAAGUCGAAGUCAAACUGGAGAAGUGCGAGAAAGGGCGAGAAGGGGACAGAACUAAGCUGAAAGAGUGUCAGAAUCGAGUGUGGUGCUUGGAGGAGGAAAUCAAGCGCUUAAAGAACCAGCCCCCCAAGGUGAUCCGAGUGAAGGAGUACAUAACGCGAUAUGUGCCACAGUACAUAACCAAGUAUGUACCACAGUACAUCAACCGUUACGUAACCCGGUAUGUACCACAGUACAUCACCCGGUACGUAACUCAGUACGUACCGCAGUAUGUAACGCGGUAUGUCACACAGUACGUGACCCAGCCCUGCUACAACUAUGUCUAUCGACCAUGCUACAGUGCUUGUGCUUGGGGAUGGAAUCAAUGUCGCAGAUGGUGGUGAGAACCCUUUGCUGAAGUUGUGUGAACGUUUGAUAUGUGGUUUGUUUGAUAAAGACCUCUUCUAUCUUUUGAUCAACUUUUUCAUUGUCUUCGAACAGUGAGAAAAAUUGAAACAA